AUACAUUGUUAUUGUUGUUGUUGCUGUUGUUGUUACUGUGGCACAUGAACAAGGCAUGCACGCCAGUCAGGCAUGAGAAGCAGAUAUCCCGCUUCGGUCGAUUCUCAGCGUCACGUUUCAAUCGCGCCGCACGAUUAUUAUUAUCAUCACGGUUCUCUUGAUUUUCUCGUAAGCAGCAACGACAGAACGUGUAAUUCUCGAGAGGGAAAGUAGCAGAUACAUUGUUGGGCUAACUUCUGACACGUCACUAAUCUCCCCCCGAGCCCUCCCGUCUAUCCUCUCCCGUAUACGACGCUGAUUGAACCUUCAUUAACUGUACGGAAUAAUUACUUAUAUCGCGAUGCGCGAGAAGAUACGCAUACUCGACAGCUAACACACGCAACGAAAGAGAGAGAGAGAGAGAGAGAGAGAGAGAGAGCACGAAGGAUUGCGAUUAAUUAUUACCGGGCUCAAUUCAGAUUUGUCAUUCAACAGAAGCUAUAGCUGCGUUCGAGUGCAAUUAUGCGGCGACUUGGCGUAAUUAGUAUGUAUUUUUCCGAUCGGUAUCGCGCGUGCGUAUAUGCGUAAGCUAAAAAACCGCGAGUCCUUUUUCUUGUCGCUCGCUCUUUCUCGCUACGUGACUCUGUGCUAACCCGCUCGCGAUCAACUCACUUCAACGCUGCUCCCCAUCUCCCGCUGCCUGUGCGAGACAGUCUCACAAAAUGAUUUUCUAUUUUCUUUCAGAAAUAAAAGCAAGGAAAAAGCAUGCAGAGAAAGAUCUUGGUUUCCUACGAAUUGGCUCGUUGAACGUUCGCGUGAAACGUACGACGGAAGCCUUCAGCCAGUUCCUGGGUGUGGCAACUAGCAGCAGCAGCAGCAACAACAACAACAACACGGCCGCCAGCAACAACAACGAGAAGAUCCACAAGUCGUGGGGAUCCGCGGAUAACGUUCAGCUGGACCAGAAGAUGAUGCCACCGCCCAAGUACGCGCCCAUCAAGAAGCGCAGGAGCCGGCGGGCGCAGGAUUUCGGGCCGUCGCGAGGUCAGCAAGCGGCCAGUCAGCCGACCACUCCGUUGCUGCAGGGCAAGGUCAGCCGACUGAACAACCAGGCCGUUCAACGUCGACCGACGUCUACGAUGUCCGUCAACGUCGUGCCCGGUAUCCAGCAGAACGAUUCGGACUCGGACACGGCGUGCGGCUUCGACUCCGCGUGGCGAGGAUCCGCUCAGCUGUAGAUAGUCCGUCAUUUCUGGAAUUUACAUCACACUUGCGCUUUUAGUGGAUAAUGAUUUUUUGUUUAGUUUUGUUUUCUGUGGAGAAAGAAAUGGACAUACCGAGGCGCGCGCGAAGGGCUUCAAUUUCCCACUAGGGAAGCUCCAGGGGCUUUCCAGGGUGGUCGUUUUUUUACAUUACAACAUCGUAAAUAGGAAUGUGUUCGUAUAGUAAUAAUUGCGACAUUGCAACAAAGUUCGCAUUAAUAAUUUCUUUCCCGAUGUAGAACGACUCUUGGUCCACACGCGGGACGAUAGCGUUUUCUAGUUCUCUUUUAGGUUUCAAAUUAGCUGUUCAAAUUACUGCUGUUGUGCUCAACUUUUUUAACGCAAAGUGUCUAAUAUAAUGGAGAUUGUCUUUAAAGUCUUUAAGACUUGUGUAACUUUUAUCAGUGACUUAUCUUUGGUUUCUAUCAUUAAAUUGUUCUUUUCGAUAACACACAUUGCGCAUUUAAAUAAGUUUUACGUUGUAUAGCAAGUUUUAUAUAUGUAUCUUUCCUCUU